AUGUCCCCUGUAUACAAACUUCAGUUUGCCGAGAUGUGUUACUUCGGCAAUGCACAAUACAAUGUUCUAGUCGAAGAUAGAAAUAGGGCAACACUCCUCCGCAAGACACUGAGACCUCAAUUUUUUGCGGAUCAGGUCAACUUGGGCGCUGUUGCACUUGAGCUACCAUCAAUCAGCGAUACCUGCAAAUUCGCGCUUCCGGUAUUAUCAUCACCAGAGAGCGGAUGGAUGAAAGAACUACUUGGAUUCCCCUUGGAAAGGAAAGAGAGGAUUCAGGGGCAGACUUUCGCCUUGGAUUCCAAUGAGAAACCCCCUUUUACUGUAGAUGCAUUGCUUUAUCCGGAUAAUAUCCUACAAUUCAUUGUUUUCAGCGGGCACAAAGAGAUUCAAAAAGAGGCUCGGCAGACAACAGACAUGAAAGCAUUCGCAAAGCCCUCUGACUGUUGA